AAACCAUUGGAGCGACGGUUUAGUUGACAGGACAACAAAGUAAAAAUGAAUACGUUCCGAAUGAUGGCAAUAUUGACAGCUCAAGGAACUACGUCUAUUCAUGGCACUACGACAUGCCUUUCUACAAAUAACUUUCUGUAGAGGGAAACAAAAAUCGUGAAGAGGUAUCAGGAAUAUGCAUUUAUUCGGAAAGACAGCAUUAAUAAUAUUUCAGGGAGUCAUUUUAAUUCAAGGAAUAUUAGGAAUUAUCAUUAAUAAAGAGGAAUUAGAAAAAGGGACUUGUCACUCAGAGGAACUGCGAGUAGAGACAUCGAUGGAAUGUGACGCACAAACCAUCAGGAUUAACAUUGUGUCAAAACUAUUUCAAAAUGAAUUGGCACACUGUGAAAAUAGUAGUGGAAUAAUAAACUGUUUUCCUGAUGAUAACGUGCAAAGUCUUUACAACUACAGCAGUGGUGUUUUGGUAUUCAUCACUAAGUUUAAUCACACUCACCACGCCGGGUAUAGACUGUGGGUAAACGCUUCAUGCUAUACCCAAAAUGACACGAAGGAGAAUGUUCUACUUAAGCCUUGUGUCAGUGGCUUCAGAACAUCUGCCUACCAUAACGGCUCCCACGUUACAAUUUCAUGCGAACAUGAAUCGUUUAAGAUGUCAGACAAGGGUAUACGCGUUGUAGGCAAGGAAGACUUAGCACAUUGCUGGUGGAACAAAGAGCACCUAACCAACCGCUGCUUUGGAGAGGCUGAAGCUCUGACCAAUGGCUUCAAGUUAACAACCCCAUAUACAGCUGAAAUGAACAUCAGCUGUAAAUUUGACGAACAAUCCAUCAAAAUUGAAGCUGUAGAGCAAACAACAACAAAAACAACUACAGCACUGACAAUUACAAGUCCUACAACAGCUGAGACAACCUAUGACACAACAAGCGUGACCACUCCUAUAAUAACACCACCAACGACAAGAGCAACAACUAAUAGAAGGACAACGAAAUCUCCAUCGUUUGUCUACGGAGGAAGUGGAAAGAAAAACAAGAUAUCCAUAUCGCCUCUAGUGUUAAGUGUAUCAAUAUUUGCAUGCAUCUUUAGAGAUACAUUUAUUUGAAAAAGAGGAGGGGAAUAUUCUCUGUGAGGUCCGUAUCUACCGCCGUUAAAGAAUUCGCUUCGAGUCAAGCAUCUGUAAUCAACUUAGAGGUGUAAAGGAAAUGGGUACCAAAAAUAAAGAUGUCACCAUGUGUAAUUUUUACAUGGAUUUAUAAAUACUUAUGUAUUCAGGAAAUGAACCUUAUUCUUUCGUCAAAUCAUGAAAUAUAGUACCCGUAUUAAUUGUGAGCAUAUUAAGAAAGAGCGAUUUUAAAUGAUUUUUAGCACAAAAGCUAAAUGUUUGUUUACAGAUUAUCUAUAUAUCAAAAAUGUGUGGAGAAUUUGUGAAAACUGAAAUAAGGGAAAUGGGUGCUAAUAUGCAAAGUGUACAGUUUUUUUUUUUUUUUUGUUUUUUGUUUUUUACGUGUGAUUAACAGAUCUCAACACAACGAAAAAACCUUAAACCCUGAUUCCAAUAAAAUCAAUUCUGAAGUGCAGACAUUUUGCCGCAAUACUCUGAUGUAUCUCACAAAAUGGUUAGAUUUAUGGAUGCUUACCUGUGACUUUUAAAUGGAUUUGUAUUAUGACAAAGAUAACUUCUCUGUUUAAAUGCAUGUUUUACUUACUUUGCACGUAAAUACAUGUAUGUUUACUUUU